AUGGCCGCACCGCUGGCCCAAGUUACCCUCAAUCUCCCACCCGGACUCGUCGCUGGUGUACAGCCUCCCGCUCAACCUGAAAACCCCCCAACCGCCGCCGACGUCACGGCAGCAGUUAAGCUCAUGGCCAACGUGUCACACGAGCUUCGUCUUAAUACGGACAUCCCCGCCGACGUCGUUGAAGCGGUCACCUUCUACGGCGCAGAUAUCAUCGCCUCAAAGCAACUUUCACUAAUCGCUCCAGCACCCGCUCCUGCUGCCGCCGCGCCCCCUGCAGCACCCGCAGCCCCAUUGGCAGGUGCAGCCAUAGUCCUCAACGCGAUCGCAGCGCUUGAUCGCAGGCUUGAUCGUAGGCUAAAUGAUAUUCAGCGUCAGAUCGCCAUUGCAAGUCUCCAUAUACCUGGUAUCGAGGAUAACUAA